UUAUCCAGACGCUAAUGCUUAUAGUAUCAUUUAAGCACAUUGUAGAGGUGGAAUUUCUACUAAUAAUAUUAUUAUUGAAUUAAUAGAAUUUUAAAGAUAUUUAUUACUUAAAAAUGAAAAUUAUUUUAAUGAACAUAAAAAUUAAUUAAAAUUAUGUUUAGAAUGUUUAAAUAAAAACAAUAAUUGGGUAGAUGGAAUUUCCUAAACCGAUAAAAGUAAAAUUGCAGGAAUUCUUAAUAUUAUAGGCGAUUGGCCUAAAUCAGUAAGAUAAUCAACGAAUGCAAUUUUAAAUAAAAUAGAUUAUAAAUAAGAAGUAGAAUGUAUUUUAUCUGGAGGCAGUUAAAGUGGCCAAAAAAGAUGCAAUAUAUUAUCUACUGUUAGUUCGAAUUUAACAAUAUAAAAUGUUUAUUAAUAAAACUUACAACCGAUAUAUAUUUAAUAAUGGCCAAUAGAUAAAUUCGAAUAUUUUUCGGAAUUACUUUAAGCAAUAUAAAUAGGAAGUUCUCAACUUCUCGAAAAUUAAAAAGAAAAUAAUUAAAUUGAAAAGAAGAUAUAAAUAAGUCUUUUUAUGAGAUUUUUGUUACGUAUAGUAAAUAAACUAGAGUUAAAUAAAGCAAUAUAAAAAAAUAAAAUAUCAUAAUAAGAAGCUUUAAAUUUAUUAUAAAUAGCAUAAAAGUUCACCGCAGAUAUUCUUCCAGAUAAAAAUUCAUAUUCCUAUGAGAAAAAAUUCAUAAGUUAGUGGGAAUACUAUAUUGAUAAAUAUUAAUAUGAAUUAUAGAAAUUUUAAUUUCCGAAAAAGUUUUCAAAUAUUAAUGAUUUACAUUUGUUAAAAAAAACACUUAACCAUCUCCUUGUAUCAAAAAAUUAACUUCUUAACAAGUAAAUGAAAAAAAAGACUCGGUAUCAGAAUAUAUACUAAAUUAAAGCUCUUAUGUAUAAUCUCUUCCUAUGUAUUAACCUGAAAUUAGUGAAAAUAAACUUUUAAAGUAUUGGGAGAAAUUUGUUAUUCCAAAAAUAUACGAUUUUGUAAAAACAACUUUAAAAUAAUAUGAAUUAGAAGACUUUUUCGAAUAAAUAAGAUAACCGUUAAGGAAAGGGGACUAAACAAGAGCAGCUAGUGUCGCCUAUAUUAUUUGUGAGAAAAACCUUCCAUAAGGUGUUGUGCUUCCAGACGCUAACCAUGAUUGGGAUACAAUAUCUAUCGAAGAAGUAAAGGUAGGGUAAUGGCUUUUAGCGACUAUUUAUAAUACGAAAAAUAAUUAGGUGUUAUCUCCGUUUUUUAUUAGGGAACGAAAUGUGGAAAAUACAACUGUUUGUGUAGAAGCAAUAGGAAUCGAUGUCAGAAACUCGUCUGUUUUAUGUCUUUAUCAUGACCAUGAUUAGGCUCAUUUAAUUACUUUGUGGCUUCCCGUUACUUCUUUAAGAUUGACAGAAGUUCCAGUAAGACCACCUUCUUCUAAUUAUCCGGAAAAGUACAUAGUGGAUUAAUUUUAGGAAACUACGGUUUAUAGUAUUGGGUUACUUUUUAAAUAAACACUAUUGUAGUUUUUCUCUUUGAAUUAUUAACAAGAAGAAGAAGAAUAGUAAUUUGAAAAAUAAAAUGAACUUUUGAAAUAAAUAAAACUGGAUUUUAUCGAAAUUAUAAAGGCUUGUGUAUCUGAAGAAUUAGCAGAUGACCCAGUUUAUGGAUGGUUUAAAAUGAAUGGAUCAAGUGCUUAUAUUGAUGGGGAUUUUGUGAAAAAUUUAUAGUUUUAAUAAUUACAGUUUAUGUAAAAAUAAGAUGAUGAUUAGUUAAAUUUAUUAAGAAGUAGAUUAAAAAAAUAAAACUUAAACUCAUAAUAAUCAUUAGGGGGAAUAGAAAUUAGUGAUGGUUCUUUAUUUUAAUAAUAAAAUCCUUUCAGAAAAUUAAGAUAAAUUUAAAAUUUUAUUAAUUGGAGUGCUGCGAAAAAAAAAUAAAAUACAAACUUAAUAUUUGAGUAUGUUUUGAAUGCUUUCCCUUCUUGUGUUUCCUUAAUUUCGAAGUUUGUUUAAGAAAUCGAUCUUGUUUAAAUGGCCUAAAAUUCUUGUCAUGAUGGGGAAAUUCAAAACUCUUCAAUUGCUAAACCUUUUAAUCUUUGUUAAUUUGAUGGUGCCGAUUCUUAUAAAAUAGGUUCAGUUAUUUUAAGUUUCCAUAAAGAUACUUAAUUAGGAAUUUAUUCAGGUUGUAAAUUCUUUACUGAUUCUUUAGGAAUCAAUUGCUUAUAUUAAAUAAAUGCAGGAAAAAAAUCAACUAAAAAUCUCGAACCAAUAAUAUUUAAAGGAAGUGAUAUAUAUUGUACUUAUUAUUUUAACAAACAUUAACUAUCGCCUUUCGAAAUUGAUUAAAAAACGAGCAGUUUACCUUGUUUACUACAUGGUGUACCCUCUGAUUGGAAUUUAAAUUGUUGGAUAAUAGAUAGUCUAUCUACGAGUUUAAUGAACGCAAAAAAAGAGAAAAGUUCAGUAGAAAUGCUUGGUAAAAUAGUAGGAAUGUUAUGCGAUAUGUUUAAUUAUUUAUACGGUCCGGCAAUUAUAAAGAACCUUUUGGCCAAAUUAAUAAUAAACACAGUUAGGAAGUUAAGAUUUUUAAUAAAAUAUUAAAUAAAUAGUAACAUAAUGGAAAUAAAUAAAUAAAACUUCAAGAAAAAACACUGGGAAAUAUAUAAUAUAAAGCAAGAUUUUGUAAUUUCCAAUAUAAUGAAAGUUUAAGAAUAUUUAAAAAAGAACAAAUUAGAUGAAAACUCUUUAUAUUGUUCAUACAUUUAAGAUUAAAUUGAAAUGCUUUCGACUAUUCUUACCCCUGUUUUAUUUAAUAAAGGGGAUUUUUAUUACCAAAGUAAUUAUAAGGAUCUUUUAGAGAAUUCUAACGCAUAGAAAAUACCUGUUUGGAUGGAACAUAUUAUCAAUUUAAAUGUAGUGUUUAAUUUUGUGGAUUGUUAGGGAAUUUUGACAUAGGAAAUUUACAAUAAUCUUGUCUUGAAGUAACUUUUGUUAAAAAAUAAUUACCAAUAAUAAGAGCCUUUUUAAAAUAUACUUGUGCUAAAAAAUUUACCUUAUUUUUGGAAUGAAGAUGAUAUCCGUAAAAAUAUUGCCUAGAGUGUACAAAAAGCUAAGUUGAGGAUCUUGAAUCCGGUUUUAGAUAUUUUUAUUGUCAAAAAAAAUAUUACUUCUAGUCAAUAAUGUUUCGUUUUGGUUGAUGGGUCCGCCUUUUUGGAUUUGGAAGAUGUAGCAGGGCUUUAGGAUGAUGUUUAGAAAUAGUAAUAGGAGGAAGAAUAGAAGGUUGCAGAAGAAUAAUAAGAAUAGAUAGUGGAAGCUAAGGAUCCGGAGUUUUGGAAUUGCCCUUCUUGUACUUUAGAAAAUCCUUGGGAGUCAACAAUUUGUGAGAUUUGUGAAACUCAUAAACCUUAAGUAAUUGAGGGAAAAGGGGAAGAGGAUGAAGAUAAUGAAGAAGAGGAAAAACAGAUAAAAAUUAAAAAGAAAAUAAGGAGAAACAACUUAGGAUUGAAGAAAUUUUAGAUGAGGAGAUUUAAUAGGAAAAGAAUAAAUAAACUAAAUUAAUUUAAAUAAUUUAAUAAUAAGUUGGUGAUUUUUAUUAAUUGAAAAAAGAAGAAAUCUAAUAAUAGAUUU